AUGAACCCAGAGGAAGCAUCCCAAGUCCUGAAGUCGAUGAUCACCUUCAUCCGCAGCCACGGAGAGGAGAGAGUCGCUGCCAUCAACAAGCAGGCCGAAGACGAAUUCACCAUCCAGAAGGAAAAGUACAUCGCCGAGGAAAAGGAAAGACUCACUCAGGAGUACAGGAAUAGGCUCCAACAAGAUGAGAUCAAGUUGAGAAUUUAAAAGUCCGCUGAGCAAAACACUCAGAGAAUCUAGAAGAUGAAGACUGUGAACACCUUGGUUGAAAAGAUCUACAAGGAGGCUAAGCACAAAAUGGUUGGCAAAUAGAAGAGCGACCAAGCUGCCUAUAAGGAACUCAUGAAGAACCUCAUUGUUCAGGGUUUGAUUAAGUUCAUGGAGAGAGAUGUUAACGUUAGAUGCAGAAAGAGUGACUACGACGUUGUCAAGACAGUUGUUGAUGUUGCCGUAGAAGAAUACAAGAAACUCAUAAAGAAGGAAGUCGCAGCUUUCGCCAACCAAGAAGUAACAAUUAAAGUGACUCUUGAUCACGGCAAGCAUUUACCAGAGUAUGAUGAAACUGAGGGAGCUGAAUCUUGCAUGGGAGGUGUAGUGCUUCACUGUAGAAAGGGUAGAAUUGUGUGUUCAAAUACCCUUGAUGACAGACUCCAACUAGUUUAUCAAGAAUCUAUUCCUGAGGUAAGAAGAAUAUUGUUCCCAAGCUUCAAGAAGCCAUCUCAACACUGA